AUGCAUCCGCUUUCGAUACGCUACCAAGAGCUGGAAGGCGAGCGACCUCUGUUCCUGCAGACCAUAGAAUGUCCAUUCACCGUCGAGACUUGGCGCACUCUACUAAAAAAAACAGCGAGAUUUCUGGUGUUUGAGCCCGGAGAACAGUGGAUGUAUAGUCCUGGACUUGAAUGGGCUGGGCUGAUAAACAAAAAUCAGGUGGAGCAAGUGACGGGCCUGAAACUGGGUAAAUAUAUAGAGACAGUAUUCACUGUCCUGAUCCGGACUCCCCAAUUGCUACUGGUGGGUCGACAUGAAAAAAGGCAUUGCUGGUGUGUACUUGUCCCAGCUUCUCCCCACUGGCGACCAAAGGGCUGUCGACUAGCUGAGUCCAAGCGGGCCGUCUAUACCAUCCUGGAAUGA